AAGGGCAUGCUUUGUCAAGAAAUUAAUUGUAGGGAGUCUGCCAAUCUCUAACAGAGUCUACUUUAUUCCACAGAAGAAUUGGAUCUGGAACAUCUGAUCUUUGACAACCCAGCCGGCAUUACUAAAUUUCAUAUCGUUCAUGGCUGGCUGCAAGCUUCAAACAAGAUCCACCCUCAACAGUAGAGGAGCAGCAGGGGUCCAUCUUUCUGUUUUUAACCCCACCGUUUUCUGAAAAAGGGGGAACAGACGUCAUUCUAUGCAGAUCGGAAACUAAGAACCAUGUUGCAUGAAGCAAGGGACAGGCAGAAGUUCGUCAAUGAUGUUCAGUAUCUGCGGGACAUGCAACAUAAGGUGGACUCUGAAUAUCAGGCUUGUUUGAAACGACAGGAAUACAAAAAAGACCCAAGUGAGAAGACACAGGAUCAGCUAUGGGGGAAAGACACAAGUGACAGAUCCCGGUUUUCAAGCGGGUCAUCGUCCAAACAGAGUUCCAGUGAGGAGGAUUCUUUAAGUGAACCGAGAUCAUCUACCAAACUACCUACAGCUAAGUGUGAGCCCAGACUUCCAGCCAUUGACCAAGCUUCAGUCAAGCAGAAACACAAAAGUACCAUGACUCCAAGGAAGCCAGAGAAAGUGGGCCCCAGCAAACCCUCCCCAGUGUCACAGGCACCAAAGAUUUUAUCAAGGAAGAGGAGACCCAACCUGGGGAGAUUGACAGUCAGUCCGGAAAUGCACAGCUGCAGAGCAUCUGGGGAGAGAAGCAGGCAGAAACUACAGCUGUCGGCAAAGGCCCCGGCACCCCUGGGCGUAGAUCCAAUUGUCCAACAAAAAAGUCUGAUGUGUGCAAACGAGACUAAGCUGAAGAGGCCAGCUCGAGAGAGAAACUUGGCCUCCUCCGCAGAGCUCAUGAGAACAGCUGGGAAGCCCCUCGAGAGACAGAAAAAGGGAGACCCAAGUGUUCGUCCCCAGAACGAACCCCACGCUGCCCUCUCACAGACCUUCCAGCCAAUGAAUGGUUCUCAAGUGCUGAGUGAGCCCCUGGGGGCCCCACUCCUCCCCACCACCGUGGUAGGACCAAGAAGGGCACCGUUUCGGUACCACGACGAAGAUUUUUACUCCGCCUUGUCAUUAAGCAAUGAACAAGAAAACUAUGACACGGAAGAGGAAACCCGCAUGGAAGAGGAACUUCUGCUGGUUGGGAUGCGUUCUCCUCCCAGCCAUAAGAGAAGCCGAUUUCUUGGGACAUCCACCACUGAAAACAGAAAUGUUGAGGAAAAUGCUGAAAAUCUCCGAGGAAAUUUUUUAAGAUGGAAUGAGUUCAAUCCUGGAUCUCCAAGAAAAGGCAGUACCACAGAGCCAGCAGCCAAGCAGUCUUCUGCCGAGCAAAGGGUGCCGCAAGACACCAGGCUAUGUGGGGAGCUGGCUAAAGAGGACCCCAGUGGAGACCAAGAAGAGGAGAAGACUGCUCUUUCAGGGGAUGCCAAAUCUAAUGAUGUCAUCCGAGACAGUGCUGAAGGUGAAUCCAGUGACUGUCCUAUGGGAGACAGGCCCACGGUUUACCAUUAUGAGAGAGACUGGCAAAGUUACUUAAGUGGGUCUCGGAAUUCGUUCGACAGCUUAUUUUCUGGGAGACCCACAGCUCCAAGAUCGUCCAUGAAUGCAUCUUAUAACACCCAUGGGUCCCCGCUGCAUUCUGCUCUGAUAGAUGAUGUCCCCACAGGCUUGUCCAUGUCAUCGAUUCUAGUCCCCAGUUCAGAUAUGGAGGAAAGCCUGAGGUUCAAUGCGCGCCGGCCACUCUCGCCAAUCAGAAAUAGGAAUCCAUUGGCCACUACUGAAAACCACAGUGAUGACAUCCCGGGAGCGGAGGAGAUGACUUCAACAAGCCAAGCUCAGGGGCCUCCAUUAUUGGCAGAAGAUCUAUCAAAUCCUCAAAGCAGCGUGACCUUGGGAAAUUCUCCCAGCUCUUCUACAAGAAGACAUUUACAAGGCCAUUUCUAUAUGCCUGGGUCCCUGCAAGAAAACACACCUUUUACUUUCUUUGCACUGUCUGAUUUUCCAAAUCCAAAUGAUCAUGAGACCAGCGUUAGAGUCUCUGAUGUCAUGGAUGAGAAGGGGGCCACAGAAAUAAAGGCAGACCCCGAGAAACUCAGGAAAUUGCAAGAAAGUCUCCUGGAGGAGGACUCGGAUGAGGAGGAGGGAGACUUGUGUCGAAUCUGUCUGAUAGCCGGGGGUUCCCCAACCAACCCCCUCCUGGAGCCUUGCGGUUGUGUGGGCAGCCUGAAGUUCGUUCACCAAGAGUGCCUGAAAAAGUGGCUGAAAGUGAAAAUAACAUCAGGAGCAGAUCUAGGUACUGUGAAGACCUGUGAGAUGUGUAAACAAGGCCUGCUGGUCGACCUGGAUGACUUCAACAUGACCGAAUUCUACCACAAGCACCAUCAAUCCCGGGUACAGAGUAGGCUGAUGAACUCCGGCUUGUAUCUGGUACUGCUACUUCACCUGUAUGAGCAGAGGUUUGCAGAACUCAUGACACUCAACUACAGGCGGGCUUCCAGAGAGAGGUUGUCAAGAAAUCACCCACAACCCAGACCGGAAGAAAAUGAAAGUUCCGAGUCGGGAGAUGGUAAUGAAAGCAGUGUUUACCCAGGCCGGGUCAUCUAGCGAGGGAGCUGGUCGUGGAGUGCGGCAGAGACCUCUCCACCCAGAAGCCCUUUCUGCGCCCCCACCCCUGUGCCUCCCUUCUUCUCUCCUCUUUACUGAACCUGAAGCCAGUG